GGGAUAUCCUUCCUUUUCUCUCACCGGCCAUCUUGGGUUCGCCUCGCCGGCUCUGCCGCUCCUUCUUCGGCGGAGUUUAAACCCGCGCUGCCGACUUUCCUCCACGCGCACUCUCCUCCCUCACCCUGCUCUUCAGGCUAAGGAAGCAGAGGCAAGAUGGUUGCGGCCAAGAAGACGAAAAAGUCAUUGGAGUCCAUCAACUCCAGGCUCCAGCUGGUUAUGAAAAGUGGCAAAUAUGUGCUGGGCUACAAACAGACUUUGAAAAUGAUUCGUCAAGGCAAAGCUAAGCUGGUUAUUCUUGCCAACAACUGUCCAGCCUUGAGGAAAUCAGAGAUUGAGUACUAUGCUAUGUUAGCCAAGACUGGUGUGCAUCACUACAGUGGCAACAACAUUGAACUAGGUACGGCUUGUGGUAAAUACUACAGAGUGUGCACAUUGGCUAUCAUUGAUCCCGGUGAUUCUGACAUCAUCAGGAGCAUGCCAGAGCAAAUCAGUGAGAAAUGAACGCCUGCGACUGAAAUAUUUUACAAAUAAAAUUAUUCUGUGAAAAGA